CCUGUUCCAAAUGGUGCUAUAAAGCUUCGCCGGUUUUCUAUCCUCCAUCCUCUCAUCUUCUCGCCUCCUUCCUUACAUCCACCAAUCCUCCCAUCCAAAACCACCAACAAAAACCCACGAUACCUGCUCCAAACCGAUUUCCAACAAUGCCACCCUUCAACAUCCUCAUCGUCACCAACAGUGAACCAGACCAAGCCAACCAGACCCUCGCGAUCGCGCACGAGUUCCUCGCCCACAGCCACAACAUCCGCGUGCACAUCGCCUCCUUCGCCGAGCUGGCCCCCUCGAUCAAGCAACUAAACCACGACCGCACGACCCACCACGAAGCAACCUUCCACAGCCUACCGGGGCCGUCCAAGCGCGAGGCCUCCGACAAGAACGGUUUCUCCCAGCAGAACGCAUUCCACGCCCACAGCAGUUUUAUGGGUAUCCUCCGAACAUACACCCAGCUGCUCCCGCAAUCCCGCAUCCCCUGGACGGGGCCUGAGUACGUCACGCUCUACAACCACAUCGGGAUCAUCGUGGCGGAUAUCUUCCCCCUGGUGAUCGUAAUCGACGCGACCCUAGCCCCCGGGGUGGAUGUCUGCCGGACUCUGAAGUGGAGGCAUGUGCUGAUUCCACCAGCAACGCUCAUCUUCAUGGACUAUAGCCUCGGACCCAGAUUCCUCUCCCUGAAAAACCUAACCCUAGGCCUCCUCCUCCAUCUAGGAACCACCCACUCCCCGCACCUCCAACAAAUCCAAACCGCGCGGCGCGCAAGAGGUCUCACCGGCCUCAUCCCCGACCCCCAGGCCUCCUUCCCCCAGCCCCGCGACGAGCGUCCGCUCCUCCUCCUCCUCCCCACCCACCGCACCUACGACCCCAUCCCGACCCCAAUUUCUGCUGGAGUCAUCCACUGCGGCCCCAUCACCCUUCCCCUCCGCCCGAUAGGCAAAACCCACCCCGACCUAGCCCUCUGGCUCCGCCAGCGGCCCACCGUGCUCAUCACCCUCGGCCCCGACACCCGCUACCCGGCGCGCGAGCAGAUCGCGUUCGCCACGGCCAUCACCGCGGUGCUGGCCGCCAAGCCGCUGGUGCAGGUGCUGUGGCUGAUGAAGCCUGAACCGACCAGCUUUGAGGUUGGUUGCUGCUCGGACGGGCUGAUGGAUGCGAAGGUUCUAAGACUGAAAGCGAAGGUCUCCCCGCGCAACCGUCUGCGGAUUUACGCCCGGCUGCCGGCGGAGACGCUGGCCAUGCUGGCGAGUGGGAAUGUGGGGUGUGUGGUGCAUCGUGGGGAAGCCCGGGUGUUUGGGGAGGGGGUCAGAGCGGGGAUCCCGCAGAUCGUGCUCCCGAUGUACCUCGCGGACUAUGAAUAUGCGCAGCGCGUGGAGGAUUUGGGGAUCGGGGUUGGGGUUGGGGUUAGGAGGAAGGGGGCGGGCGGUAGGGUUACCGGGGAGCAGGUGGAGAAGGCGAUGCUGCAGGUGCUGGAUGAGGAGGCAGGCGAGAACAUGCGCGAAAGGGCGGAGGCGCUUGCGGUGAGGUUGCUGAGGAAGGAUGGGAGGGUUGUUGCGCAUGAGCGGGAUGCCCGGUUGCCGGAUCUUCCCCGCAACUUAAAUGCCCGCCCGCUGCAUCCCACUACGUCUUGCCCCUCAUCAACAACAAUUCCUGUCUGCAUUGCAUCUGCAUCCUCCCUUUCCUCUACGUUCAAAAUGGCAAACGAACGCAUCGCCUGGAUUGGCCUGGGUAACAUUGGCCGCGGCAUGUCCCGCAACAUCGCCACCAAAGGCCCGCAAACCAGCCCGAUCACCCUCUACAACCGCACCACCGCGCGCGCCGAGUCCUUCGCCGCCACGCUGCCCGCCAACCGGGCGACCGUCGCGACCGCCCUCCCCGCCGCCGUCUCCGCGGCGACCAUCAUCUUCAUUUGCGUGGGCGACGACCCAGCCCUCGACGCCAUCAUCACCACCCUCACCUCCGCCCCGGACCUAGACCUGACCUCCAAAAUCCUGGUCGACUGCUCCACCGUCCACCCGGACACCUCCCGGCGCAUCGCCAGCACCCUCACCGAAAGGGGGGCCAGCUUCCUCGCGUGCCCGGUCUUCGGCGCCCCCGCCGCCGCCGACGCCGGCCAGCUGGUGGUGGUCCCGGCCGGUCCGCAGGAGGCCAUCGCCCGCAUCGCCCCCUUUCUCGAGGGUGUCGUCGCGAAAGCCGUGGUGCCGAUGCCCGGCGCGGACGUGGGGCGGGCCACCACCCUCAAAGUCCUGGGCAACACCUUCAUUUUGAAUACCGUCGAGAGUCUGGCGGAGGGGCUGGUGGCGGCCGAGAAAUCCGGUCUCGGGGCCGGAGUCUACCAGGAGUUUAUCCAUCGGAUGUUCCCCGGCCCGUUCGCGGCGUACGCGGACCGGAUGGUCACCGGGGAUUACUUCAAGCGCGAGGAGCCGCUGUUCGCGGUGGAUCUGGCCCGCAAGGAUCUGCGGCAUGCGGGGAGUCUGGCGGCCGCCGCGGGGAUGCGGUUGCGCAGUGUCGAGGUGACGGAUGGGUAUUUGCAGGAGGUUAAGAGGGAGAAAGGGGAGAAGGGGGAUAUUGCGGCGGUGUAUGGGGCGGUGCGGAAGGAGGCGGGGUUGGGGUUUGACAACUGA